AUGGCGGUCAGUGUCGUGAGAUACCUCGUUCUCGUCCUCCUCGCUGUAUUGCUGUAUCAUGAUGUGAGUGCGGAGCCCCAAACGUUUAAGGAUCUGUUCAACAGCACGUCCUGCGCGAAACCUCCAUACGAAUGUCCACAUCCUCAGAUACAAUUUUAUUUAUACACAAGAGACACACCAAAGAAACCUUUACGAAUAGACGUUCGAAGGUUCGAGUCACUUCAUUAUUCCAGAUUUAACAGGUCGAAUCCGACGAAGAUCAUUAUCCACGGUUUCGGCGGAGGAAGGAAUUUAAUACCUAGUCCAGAUCUUCGAAAAGCGUAUUUCACGCGAGGCAAUUACAAUAUUAUAAUCGUCGAUUACGGUACGUUGGUACGCGAGCCCUGUCUGUCGCAAAUACAAUGGGGUCCAGAUUUCUGUUCACGAUGUAUUGCUCAGUUGGUAAGGUACUUGAGGGAUCAUCCUCGGGGAACGAGGGUGGAGAAUAUACACGUGCUCGGGUACAGCGUUGGCGCGCAUAUAGCUGGCCUGAUUGCGAAUUAUUUGCCCGAUGACAAGCUUGGAAGGAUUACAGGACUCGAUCCUACUAUAUUUUUCUACAUGAACGGAAACCGGUCGAUGGAUUUAGACGAGUCGGAUGCACACUUCGUCGACGUGAUCCACACAGGGGCGGGGAUUUUGGGCCAAUGGGGACCAACUGGACACGCGGACUUCUACGUGAACGGAGGCUCCAGCCAGCCCGGAUGCGCGACAACUUCCUUGCUCCAGACGCUGUCGUGCGAUCACACAAAAGUGACGCCCUAUUACAUAGAGUCAAUCACGACGAAAAUAGGAUUCUGGGCAGCGCCGUGCGGAAACCUCUUUUCUUACCUGAUCGGUUGGUGCAAUCCGAAACUCGAAGAGUAUAUACUCAUGGGAGAAGACGCCCCUCAUACAGCACGAGGAAUUUACUAUCUCUCAACAAACGCACACAAACCAUACGCCCGCGGCCUUCUCGCAAAAAACCAGCGAACGACAAGUCGGAAACGAUCGUCCUCCCGCCAGUAUUGA